UUCGUUCAGCUCCAGUGGGGGAGUCCGCCGCAUGUUCGGCGCUCGCAAGCGCGACGUAUGAUUCAGGGCAUGACCAAAUUUGGGUUGUACCGCAAUUUAUAAGUUCAUUUGUUAUUUUCUGUUAAUACAAGUUUAGCCACAUCAACACUAAUCAUCAUGCAGAACCCAGAUGAAGACACUGAAUGGAAUGAUAUCCUUCGUUCCAAAGGCAUUCUACCUCAAAAACCAAAGGAAAAAGAAAUCACUGAAGAUGACAUUGUUAACAUGUUGGAACAAACCAUCAAGGACAAACAAGAUAACUCAAAACAAAUGGAAGACAUGAACCUGGAUGAAUUAGAUGAACUAGAAGAUUCAGAAGAUGAAGGAAUAUUACUUGAGUACAGAAAAAAGAGAAUAGCUGAGAUGCAAGCACUUGCAUCCAAAGAAAGAUUUGGAUGGGUGCAAGAAAUAUCAGCACAAGAUUACAUAGGACAAGUUAAUAAAGCUGGUGAAGGAAUAUGGGUGGUUUUACAUCUGUAUAAACAGGGCAUUCCAUUGUGUGCUCUUAUUAAUCAAUUUAUGCAGGAACUUGCAGGCAGAUUUAAAACUGUUAAAUUCUUGAAAGCCAUUGCACAAACAUGUAUACCAAAUUACCCAGAUAAAAAUUUGCCAAGUAUAUUUAUUUACUAUGAAGGAGAGUUGAAGAAACAAAUUGUUGGACCACUUGAUUUAAGAGGACCCAACCUAACUUGUGAUGAAUUUGAGUACAUCCUGGGCAAAGCAGGUGCAGUUAACACAGACAUUAAAGAGGAUCCAAGACCUAAGAUACAGGAUAAAAUGUUCCAAGAUUUAGCUGAUACCAAUGAUUGGUAGCAUUAAUAUUAACUAUUUCUUGAACAAAUUAUUUAUGUACUUACAAUGAGGAAGACAUCAACUCAGCUGGACUGCAAUCAAUUUUUUUAUGCCUGAAUUAAAUGUAUUUAUUACUUUUUGUUUGUUUUUCAUGGUUUAACAGAACGUUUUUUGCAAUGCAAUAAAAAAGAACAAAUGAACGAAGAAUAA